AUGACCCAACCAUUCGCACGUCUCCCUACAUGCAUCGCCCCCUCCAAGUAUUUCCUCGACUAUGUCGUCGAUUUAGAUCACUGUCGCUUUGAAGUUAUUGAGCACGUGCAUCUUUCCGUCCUGCAGUCGACACGUCGCAUCAUUUGCCACGCACUGGAGCUUCAUGUAUUCGACGUGUCCGUGUCGCUUGAAGAUCGUCUCACGCCCAUUCAAUGCAGCAAAAUCUGCUACUCGGUGACUGAUCAGACGGUUGAGUUGUUACUGGAUGACGAACUACCUGCCGGUUCUAUGGCAGUAUUGACGCUUACGUGUCAUGGGGAGCUCAAUGACAAACUGCGUGGUUUCUACCGCAGCGCGUACGAUCAUGAGCUGGAAGGCGAGACGCGAUUCAUGGCUGUCACGCAGUUUGAAGCUUGUGAUGCACGCCGAGCCUUUGUUUGCUGGGACGAACCAGCUAUCAAAGCGAAAUUUGAAAUCUCACUGACGUGUGAUGUUCAUUUGACGGCCAUUUCCAAUACACAUGUGGUGCAGACGCUCGUACGUCCGCGUGCCAAGAACUCCUACAUCCGAACACUAUCACGCUCCAAAGAGGCGACGUUGGAAAAGCUCUGGAGAUUCGCAGAGACGCCAGUCAUGUCCACGUACUUGGUGGGCAUGGUUCUGGGUGAGUUUGACUUGGUCUCGACUGUGACAAAGGAAGGAGUGCUUGUGUCUGUAUACACUCCUGUAGGACGCAGUGAACGCGGCAAGUUUGCGCUUGAAGUGGGAGCCAAGGCACUGUCCUUUUACACUGAGAGGUUCGGGAUCCCGUACCCGUUAAAGAAGAUGGAUAUGCUGGCCAUUCCUGAUUUUGCAGCGGGGGCGAUGGAAAAUUGGGGAGUCGUUACGUAUCGUGAGACGAGGCUGCUUAUUGAUGAACAGCUUAGCAGUUUUGGACAAAAGAUGGCUACCGCUCGUACGGUGUGCCAUGAGAUUGCACACCAAUGGUUCGGUAAUAUGGUAACGAUGGAGUGGUGGACCGGCCUGUGGUUAAACGAAGGCUUCGCUCGUUUCAUGGAAUUUGAGGCAGUGCAUCAUGUCUUCCCUGAGUGGAAUGUGUGGGAAAUUUUUGUGCAGGAUAUUACUAUGCGCGUUGCUAUGGGCAAGGACUGCAUGCUCACGUCGCACCCGAUUGAGGUCAAGGUGAAUCAUCCUGAUGAGGUUGACCAGAUCUUUGAUGUCAUCUCAUACGCAAAAGGCGCUAGCAUCAUUCGCAUGCUAUCGAAAUACCUAGGUCGGGACGUGUUUUACCGUGGCAUUCAUGAAUAUCUGGUCAGUUUCAGCUACCGCAAUGCGCACACGCAGGAUCUCUGGGAGGCACUAGAGCAGGCUUCUGGGCAGCAGAUUUCAUCUCUGGCGAGCGGAUGGACGAGUCAAACGGGAUAUCCCAUCGUGACAGUAUCCGACGACGGUAAGCUGGUGCAGGAACGCUUUUUGGCGGAUAAAGCGCUCAAAGCGACAGUAUUGGAGUCCCAACCCAAUGCCGGCGUAUCGUGGGAUAUUCCACUAACUUUUGUGGCGUCAGACAACCCGAAGGAGGUUAAGCGAGUGGGCAUCUGGGAUUGCAAUACAUCAGAGACGGCCACUGCCACCUUGGCGACUGAAAUGAGUGCACUUGCAAGCACUGAUGGCGCUUGGUGGAUUAAGCUCAAUGCGGAUCAGGCUGGUUUCUACCUCGUGAACUACUCGUCGGAUGGCUGGAAGCGUCUACAGAUCCCUGUGCGUGAAAAGGUGUUGGGAGUCGUGGAUCGGAUGAGCUUGUUGAAUAGUAUCUUUGCAUUUGCUCGCAGCGGCGUGCUGCCGGUGUCUCGUGCGCUUGACUUUAGCCUUGCGUACGCUGAAGAACCGGAGCAUUUAUGCUGGAAGGAAAUUUCGUCAAACAUGCGCUUCUACUGCACGCUUUACAACACUGAUACGUUCUACCCGAAACUACAAGCGUAUAUUCGUCAGCUUUUCGCAUCAGUCAUGAAGAGGUUGACGUGGAAGGCAGUAGCAGGCGAAUGCUCUACGGUGGCUUCGUUUCGUCGGGAUGUGAUCAGCAUGCUUGCUUUGGGCGAUGACCCUGAAGUGAUUGCUGAGGCCCAGUGUCUUUUUCAAGCGUACUUUGAUGACAGCUCGGCAUUAACGGCUGACCUCCGCAGUGUCAUAUUCAAUGUGCAGGCUCGACGUGGAAACGCCGUCCACCUAAAUCAGCUACGUGAGCGUUACGAGACCAGCAACUUUAUUGAGGAGAAGCUGGAUUGCCUGACUGCGCUGGGUCUUUUUAAGUCACUGGAACUCAAGCAUGAGGUGAUCACGUGGGCACUUAAGAACGUGCGUUCGCAGGAUAUUCAAUACGUUUUCAGCAGCGUGGCGGCAGACGCACCAGGUGCUGCGUACGCUUGGGAGUAUGUGCAGGAGCACUGGGCAGGGUUGAAUGUACAGUACCGCCCGUUGAUCGUUGGCCGUAUUGUCAUGUCUGUGAUAUCCCGAUUCCAGACCGAAGCUCACGCACAAGAGGUGGAGGCAUUCCUUGAGACGCGUAAACACUCCUCUUACACGCAGUUGUUGGAUGCCUCAUUGGAGCGUAUUCGUGUGAAAAAUGUCUGCUACCAGCGCAAUCGCGAUGAACUGGCCAAGUGGCUCGAGUCGAUUUCAAAAUAA